AUGAGGUCCCUCACAGAGCCCGAGACCGAGACUAUGUUCCGGAAGCUCGCAACUUACACCUCCAACAAUCUUUCCGAAUUGAUUAAGGGAACUUCAGAGGAUGGCGCGACGGACGAGAACAGCAGGAUGGUAUUCAGAAUUCAAGGCAACCGUGUCUUUUACAUGCCCCUCCGCCUCGCCAACCUGGCCACAUCAAUUCCCCGCGAUAAAUUGCUCUCAUGCGGUAGAAUGAUGGGAAAGUUCACUAAGACUGGCAAAUUCCGUCUCGCUCUCACAGCAUUGGAUACUAUCAGCCCCUUUGCCCGAAACCGUGUCUGGCUGAAGUCAAACGGAGAGAUGCCUUUCCUCUACGGCUCCAAUGUCGUCAAGGCCCACGUCGGAAAGAUCUCCGAGGACUGCCCUGAACACAGUGGCUGUAUUGUUUACUCGAUGGAUGAUACCCCCUUGGGCUUUGGAGUUACUGCUCGCUCCACUGGUGAAAUGCGCAAACUUGAACCCACCGCUAUUGUUUUGUUCCGCCAGGCGGAUGUCGGUGAAUACUUGCGAGAGGCAUGUCGUCCUGACUCAAGAGGAUACCCUUUUCACUACUUAAAAAAGCAUUCAGGAUGGAAAUUGGAGUUUAUGGAGUUACGAUCUGUUACUGUAAAAGUGUCAUCCCAGUUAAUAAAUACGCCCGAUGUCAAAAGCAUCACAGUGUUCCUGCGCACCGCUAAGUGGGAUGCACAGCGCGCUGUUGACCUGUACUACUCUAGCGACCACGGCGGCAAUGACACCGUAUCUGUCUCUCUGAAACAAGUCUUCGACAGCUAUCACAGUAAGAGCAUCAUGAUGACCACCAAUCUGGUCAAUGAGAAGAAAAUGUAUAAUAACAUGAUCCUAGAUGCAUCAACAGAUGAGCCAGAAAAGAUUGGCCUCGACGGCGCAAUGAAGUACUUUAGUGAUCUGGAAGUACAGCUCGACGAAAUCGCCUGUCUGGGAGUCGCAGAGCUAUGCAAAUGCCCCGCAAUGGGAGAAUUCACCAAGGAAGGCUUCGUGGAUGGUUGGCGAGCUGUCCAAUGCGGCAACCUACAAAAAAUGAAGGCACACGUCAAGACACUCCGUCAAAACAUCCCUGCCCAACCUGACACCUUCCGACGGGUCUAUAGAUACUGCUUCCUUCUUUCCCGAAUGCAAGGACAACGCAACGUUCAAUUUGAAAUUGCCGCCGAGCAAUGGCGCAUGUUCUUCAGUCCCGAAUCCGGCGGUGUAGCAGGAAACACAAGCACCACGCCAUGGCUGGAUUGGUGGAUUGAAUUUUUGGAGGAGCGAGGCAAGAAGCCUAUAAACAAAGAUCUUUGGGAACAGUUUGAAGUUUUCAUGCGCAAGUCUCACGAGGACGAGAGCUUUGGGUGGUGGAAUCCUGAUGCGGCAUGGCCUGGUGCUGUGGAUGAUUUUGUGGCUUUUGUUAACGCGAAAAGAGACGGAGGAAAGAUGGAGGUUGAGUGA